AUGGGUGGACAAGUCUCUUUGGUUUCCAGUAACUGUCCUCCAGAACUUGAUUGGUUAUAUACAUCUAACUCUGAGGAAGCAAAAGAAUUUCGUACGUAUGUUCGAACAUAUAACAAUUGCUUUGCUUUCACAUCUUUUGGAGUCAAAUAUGACAAGGAACUGUGUCGGAGAAAUAAAGGGAUCUAUACAUUCAGGAUACAAGGUCAAGUUUAUCACUUCAUUAAUGAGCUUACAUCUUCUGAUGAAAAUCUUAGUCAUCUACAGCUCUACUUUUAUGACACUGAUCAUGAAAUCCAAAAUAGAAUGAAAUCUUCAGAAAAGCUAAAUCCUGUUAUUCUUGAAAGGCUCAUAAAUAUUUCACAUCUAAAUCCAUAUUCAAUCUUCUUCAGGAGAUUAGAACACAUAGAUCAUUUGAACUCUGUACAAAUUAUUAUUAAAUUUGAUGUAUCGUUAGAUCAGAGAGUCUACAAUCAACCUUCAACCUCACAAGUGGCAGCAAUUUGGUCUGAAAAUGAUGUCUUAACCAAAGAAAUCUCAAGAGAUAUUGUUGUUCAUCAAAUUUCUGGUCAUAGUGAAAAAGUUCAAUGGUAUUUUGGAUGUUAUGACCCAUUACAAUAUCCAUUGUUAUUUCCAUAUGGUGAAUCUGGAUGGCAUUAUGGUAUUGAUAGAGUUGACAAAAACCAAACAAAAAUUACAUGCCAUCAACAAUCUAUUCUUAGUGUUCAUCAAGCUCUUACUGCUUCAGACCUUCUUUUCUUUCGAAACAAACAAAGAGAAAUCAGGGCUGAUUUGUAUCAAGGAAUCAUAGACAGUGUCACAACAGGUGAAGGUAGAGGUUCAAAGAUUGGCCACAGAGUUAUACUACCACCGUCAUUCAUAGGUAGUCCAAGAGAUCUUAGACGUCGAUAUGUUGAUGCAAUGGCAUUGGUCCAGCGAUUUGGCAAACCUGAUAUCUUUCUUACAAUGACUUGUAAUCCAACAUGGCCAGAGAUUAAAGCUGAGUUAGGACCUAAUGAGGAAGCUCAAAAUAGACCAGAUUUAACCUCUCGUGCUUUUAGAGCAAAAAUGGAACAACUGAAGGAUGACAUCAUAAAACAUCAAAUCUUUGGAAAAGUCGUUGUAUAUGUCUAUGUCAUUGAAUUUCAAAAGACGGGUCUUCCACAUAUGCAUCUAUUAUUAAUUCUAGCACCUGGACAAAAGCCUUUAUCUCCUGAUACUUAUGAUUCAAUCGUAUCUGUUGAACUUCCUGAUCAAAAAAAACAUCCUCAUUUGUUUUCUAUGGUGGUCAAACACAUGAUGCAUGGACCUUGUGGUGAAAUGAAUCCGAACAACAUUUGCAUGAAGAAUGGAAAAUGCAAAAAUCAUUAUCCCAAAAAUUUUGAACCUAUAACAAGAUCUUCCAAAGACUCAUACCCAAUAUACAAGCGUCGUGCUGAUGGUAAUCAAGUGAAAAUCAGAAGGAAAAUUUUGGAUAACCGUUGGGUAGUUUCGUACAAUCCAUAUCUUCUUGCCAAAUAUGAUUGCCACAUUAAUGUGGAAAUUUGUUCAACAAUCAAAGCUGUCAAAUAUUUGUACAAGUAUAUUUACAAAGGCCAUGAUAAAAUUGCAUUCCAUAUUGUUCAAGAAAAUCAAUCAGAAAUCAUAGAUGAAAUCCAACAAUUUCAGUCGGCAAGAUGGAUUUCACCUCCAGAGGCAAUGUGGAGAAUUUAUGCAUUCUCUUUGAAUGACAUAUACCCAUCAGUAAUCCAUCUUCAAAUCCACCUUGAGCACCAACAAUUUGUUACUUUCAAUCCUUCAGAUGACCUAAAUUCUGUGUUAAAUGAUCCCAUCCGUUCGAAAACAAUGUUAACUGAAUUCUUUUUGAUGAACAAGUCAAAUGAAAAGGCAAAGCUUGCAAAAUAUUUAUAUAAGGAAUUCCCUGAACAUUUUGUUUGGUGGCAACAAGAUAGAAUGUGGACUGAGCGAAAAAAGGGCAAUGUUAUUGGGUGCAUUGUCACAGCACAUCCUGCACAAGGUGAAAGAUGUUACCUUAGGUUACUUCUAAACAACAUCAGAGGGCCUACAUCAUUUGAAUCCUUGAGAACCAUAAAUGGAAGAAAAGCAAAAACUUUUCGAGAAGCUGCCCUUCUCUGUGGUCUCUUACAAUCAGACAACAAUCUUGAACAAUGCUUGGAAGAAGCAAUCUCUUACCAAAUGCCUUACUCUCUAAGAAGAUUGUUUGCAACCAUUCUCAUUCAUUGUGCUCCUAAUAAUCCAAACCAGUUGUGGGAAAAAUUCAAAGACUACAUGGCAGAGGAUUAUGCCAAAACAACAAAUCUUUCAAAACAAGAAAUUUUCAAAAAAGUUCUGCAAAGCAUAAAUUCAACUCUUCAAUCAAUGGGCAAAGAUAUCAAAGAUUUCAAUAUUUGCUCUAACAACGUGCUCUCAUCUGAUAAUCAAGGUACCUGUCGCGAAAUUGAAGAAGAAAUGAAUAUUGUUGUUUCUGAAGCUGAUUACCAGUCUAUUUCUCUAUUAUCCUCGGAACAAAAAGUAGCAUUUGAAAAAAUCUUAAAUAGGGUCUUCUCAGGAAAGCAAGGGUGUUUUUUCAUAGAUGGUCCUGGAGGCACUGGUAAAACCUUUUUAUACAAGGCAUUAUUGGCAGCAAUUAGAUCCAAGAAUUACAUUGCUCUUGCAACAGCAACAUCUGGGGUAGCAGCCUCUGUUCUCCCAGGAGGCCGCAUGGCCUAUUCUCGUUUCAAAAUACCUAUAGAUGUUGAUACAUAUAAAUCUUGCAACAUAGGUAAACAAACUGGGCUUGCAAAUCUUUUGAGAACUGCAAAACUAAUCAUUUGGGUUGAGGCACCCAUGGCCAAGAAACAAAACAUUGAGGCAUUGAAUGAUAUGUUGAAGGAUAUCAACGAGUCAGAGUUACUCUUUGGAGGCAAAGUUGUAGUUUUGGGUGGUGAUUUUCGACAAAUACCACCAGUCAUUCCCAAAGGAACAAAAUAUGAUUCAAUUGAUGCUAGCUUGGUCAAUUCAGAAUUAUGGAAAUCUAUUGAGAAAAUAAAGUUGACUGAAAAUAUGCGAGCAAGGCAUGAUCCUUCCUUCAGCAAUUACUUAUUACGCAUUGGCAAUGGAUCUGAAUCAGUCAAUGAUCAAAACAAAGUCAAAAUACCAGCAUCUAUGAUAAUUUCUAACAAUUUUUCAAAUGCUGAAAAUUCUAUCAAAGACUUGAUUCAAACUAUCUUUCCAAAUCUCAAGAACUACUCAAAAGAUCCAAUUUCAAUGAUUAAUUCUGUUGUGCUCACUCCAAAAAAUGAUUGUGUACAAGAAAUAAAUGAUUUGUUGAUCAAACAAUUCCCAACAAAGGGUAGAUUAUAUACAAGCAUUGACAAGACAAUCGAUCCAAAUGAUCAAGGACAAUAUGAAGACUUCUUGAAUUCUCUUGAACCAAAUGAUGUUAAAGUUCUCAUUCCGCCAACAAAUCAACAUGCUUUGGAUAACAAUACCACAAAAAAUGUUGUUUAUGAAGAACUACUAACACUUGCAGGCUAUAUUCUUGCAGCAGUUGUUCAAAUUAAGCCACCAAAAACAAUCACAACAGAAAAUGGAACCACAAUUGCACAAGAAAUUGUACUCAUUAAUGAAGAGUUAAUGCCAAUAGUUUUAACUUUGUGGGGUCAGUUUGUCACUAAUGAAGGAGAGAUAUUGCAAACCAUUGCUCAAUCAUUCCCAACUCUAAUUGCAGUCAGGCUUAAAGUCUCAUCGUUUCACGGACAAUCAUUAUCAACAAAACCAACAUCAGCUUUUGUGCUCAACCCCAACUUCAAAGCUGCACACCAACUUCACAAUUGGUGCAUCCAAAAUGAAGAAGUCAUUAGAACUUUACCUUCUCCACUUGAAACUCAUGUUCGAAACAUCACAAGUCCAAGUCCUAAAGUAGAUAAAAUCAUUUCCAUCAGCAACAUUCCAUCUUCUCCAAAUGCGUUCCGUGGACAAGCAAUGCUUCAACAUGUCAUCACAUUAGUGAACAAUGAUGAUGCAGAACCCUCAAUCAUAACUCUUGCUUCAAAACCACAUCAACAAUCUGUCCAAAUAGAACCCAAGGCAAAGAAAGAACUAUUUCCAUCAACUGUUGGUACAAAUGUUGCUUCUGAUAUUUCAACUGCUGCUGUUGGUACAAAUUCUGCUUCUGAUAUUUCGGCUGCAACAAGUGUACCCUCUACCAAAUCUCUCUAG